AUGCGUAUGCUCGAACAAGAGGAGGAAAACGACGAUUCCACAGAGGUGUCGUGGGAGGACCAACAACGCAUCAACACGUUCUCGAAAUUGAAUAACAGGAUUCGGGUGAUUGAAGAAAAGCUGGGAGAGCUCAAGCAAGAAAAAGAAGCCUUGGACGAUCUUUCGACAGAACUCGAAUUGGCAGAGGAAGAUCAGCCAGUUCUGUACAAAGUAGGGGAUGCAUUCCUACACAUGCCCCAUUCCCGCGCCUUGAAACGCCUCGAAAAAGACCAGGCAUCGGUGGAUGCCAGAGUCGCCGAGCUCGCUGCACAAGCAGACGACUGCGAGUCCCAGAUGAAGCAGCUCAAAGUGGUUCUGUACGCGAAGUUCGGGAAGGCAAUAAAUCUUGACGAGUAA